AUGGCACCUCCCCGCACCCCUGUAAGCACUAUCGAGAUGCUCAGUUGGGUUCACCAAGAUCCUGGAAACACCAUCUCCCAACAUCAGCACACUAUUGCUGUACCCAAUGCACAUCGGCAAGAUUCUGCCGAAAGGAAACCUGGCACUGUACUGCUAUAUGUGACAAAACCUUCGACGCCGAUCCGAAUUUGA